GACGUUGCAGUGUUGCCGCACCGUCCUUUCGAACAUGGCGGCGGCGGAAUGCGAAGCGCAGGAGGGCACUUCGGCGAGCCUGUUGAAAACAUCGGUGGUGCUGUCCGAUGAGGCCGUCAACACAAUUACAAAACACGAGAGCACCGGCAUUCCGUUGCAGACACCAUGGACCUUCUGGCUCGACAAGGCCAUUCCUGGUACAACUGCCGAAGAAUAUAAGGCCAAUCUGCAGAAGAUCUACACUGUGAAUACUGUGCAAAGUUUCUGGGGAGUUUUCAAUAACAUACCAAAUGCUGGGGAUAUGCAGGUGAAAUACAGUUAUCAUUUAAUGAGAGACGAGAGAUAUCCUUUAUGGGAGCACGAACUUAAUCAAAAGGGUGGUACGUGGAGACUAAAGUGCCAUAAAUAUGAUACUGAACUUGUUUGGAAGGAAGUGGUGCUCGCGGCUAUUGGCGAACAAUUUAGCGCGCAUGUGGCACAGGAUGACGAGAUCUGCGGGGUGACUGUAUCCAUUCGCGAUAGGGAGGAUCUUAUCCAAAUUUGGAACGUAAAUGCUGCCCUUCAUUCAAAAGCCACAGUUGUACAGAAGGUCUAUUCUCUUGUGCCUAACAUAAAAUUUCUCGGGGAUUUUUAUAAACCUCAUCAGUCCCAUCAUGCGUACGGAAGACAUUAAACGUGGUGAUCCUGUGAUGAAAAUUACAAAUCGAUCACGUAGAAUUAUAACAUGUAAUUACGUGAUCUAUAAAAAUAUACUUAUGCUAUAGUAACUAUUUUCGAUGGAAAUCAGAACACAAUGGACGAUGUUGAAGCUAUUAUUAUAUUUUAAAGGUUUAUUACUCGCGAAUUGUUUUAAUGCGCGUUUGCACGUUGUUUAUAUAAAUUACGAUUAUAAUCACAAAUUAUAAUAUAAUUUUUGAAUCACAUAUGUUUUAAAAGAACAGUGCUGUUGUGACCAUUUUACAAACGAAAUAUAUUUUUAUAUUUACAACA